UGGGCCUAGUGUCAGAAGCAAUUAUAACACCGAAAAUAAAUGAAGAGAAUUUCUAAAUGUGUGCGAAAAUUUACUAAUUUAUUUAAAAUGGGCGGACAUCAAUCGAAAGACGGUAAACAAGGCAAUGAACAAACGGUUCAGUUAGCAGUGGAAGAUGAAGGUUCUACAAUUGCUCAUCUAUCUAAUAAUUUGUCCAAUGAACUACCGGAAUUGGUGCCUAAAUGUGGCAAUGCGCUAUCGAGACCUUUUAAUCAGCCCUCAGAACAAGCAAAACAUCGUAAUCCUGUAAUCGAAGACGACUCAAAAGGAUCGGAUAUACAUAAACGUCCUAUUGAAAGAAGCAUUUCAAAAGGAACUUAUCAUAAAACAAAGAAGAACAAUAGUAGUUCUAAAGCUAAAGCAACUACCCGACUCAAAAAUAUGAAGAAAUUUGGACAAUCAGGAAAUAACACAGCUAAGACUGCUAUUAUUGAAGAUUAUUCGAAGCCUUCCUCGGUAUCAGCAUCAAACGAUGGGAAGUCCUUCAUUAAUUUGGAGAAGAAAAGUACUGACGACUUAAUUACAUUGACUAAAUAUGAACCGAUUCCUAGUUAUUCUAAGCUUUCACAAAUUCAAAUUAAACAACCGAGUAGCUACACACAACUUGCAGAGACGACAGACAAUCGCAAAAGCUUUAAUAUCGUCAAUUUCCAGGACCAUGAUAAAGUUAUUUAUGAAGCUGAAAUACAGGCGACCCAUCCUAAACAAGUUGGCCAUAACCCUGGCAUAAACAAGGCUGAACAACCCAAAACACAAACAAAACAAUUGGGCACUGAGCCUGCUCAAUGUAAGUCCCAGUUUAAGCAAAUACUUUUUAAACCAAGUAAACUAAAGUCAAAGCCACAAAACGUGGCCGACAAGCUUCCACUUCAGACGAAUGUUGAGCACAAUACCUUAUCAAAUGAUACGCCGAUGAAUAGAAAAUUAUGCCUUCAAGAUAAAGAAAAAGCGAAUACCACAAAGAAUGGUACCAUACAAACUCACAAUAGCACGGUAGGCCUACACCAACAAAACAAAGAGCAAUAUGAGUAUGUGUUUAUGUCUAAGUUUAAAAAAUCACCAAUUAUAAAACCAACCCAAGUGAAUAAUCCAAUAUCCUCACAACAUACACGCAGCUUUCCCUCAGAAAAGUGCCAUCCAGACAUUGGAAUUAAAGCUGAAGAAGACAUUACUGCUGAGAUUACGGUUAAACUUGGACAGCUCAAGUUAGAGAAUGGUAGCCCUUCAAAACAUACGAUUUCUAGUAUGUCUAGCAUCAAACCAAGGAAUAGGAUUAGAACGGAGGAAAAUCAAACGAAAGAGGUUGAAACACAAGAGAUUAGUAGUGUGGUUGCUGAUGACAAGACUCAAAUAAAUAAGUGUCCAAGUCAAACUCACAAAUUGCUAAAUCCAGUGUCAACAUUUUUAUCUUCAAAUAGGGUUUUACCGAAUAAUUCUGAAUUACCAAAGACAAGCAAACUAAAAUGUAACAUUCAAAAUAAAAUCCAAAGAACACACCGUUCAAACCAAACAAAUGAUAAUGUAUUAAGAAGUGACUUGGCCAAAGCAAAGGUGCAUCAAGUAGUUACAAGCACAAAUGUGAACACACAAAGUACUGAAAAAAACAUAAAAUGCCCAAUUAAUCCGAUAAAGAAUGUUGCUGAUAAAAUAAGUGGUAAGCCCAUGCGAUGUACGUCAAGUAUAGACAUCAAUAUGCUGUCAAUUAUUGCAUCCGACAAGCCUGAAGUGGAACCUUGUAAAAUUACGACAAACACCGAAACUAUCAAGCCAAAGAACACUAAAAUACCUGAGAUCAAUAAUACGCUAACUAAAGACUUGUGUCAAAAUUCAUCUAAAAGCAAAUUUAAUGUGAAGGUGCACCCAAAAUUGGAAAAUAAUAACGAAGGAAUUCAGACGUCAGCAGAAGAGCAUGCACCCGAGAAGAAAGGAGGUGGUAAAAUGCACAUCAAUAAUGUAGGCCUAUCAAAUAAUAUCACGAAGGAAAAACAAGUACCUUUAUCUCCGACGAAGCAAUGUGAUGUAAAAGAAAUCCAACCCAGAACAGAAAAUAAGAAAUCUCAUCAAAAUGAAUGUCAAACAGUUACAAAGAUUAAACCCAUAUCUAGAGAGUUAAAAUCAAAAAUUGAGAUGGAACUGAUAAAAUCUCUUGUGGCCAAAGAAAUCCGUCAUGAUUCGUCGAAAUUUCUUGCCAGAUACACUACUAAUGUGCCUUUGAAGGUCCAUAUUCAUCAGAAAACUGAAAACGUUAGAGAUAGGCCAAAAGCGGACAUUCCAAUGAAGACCGUUACGAGCAAUGCAACUGUACAAGUAGCAAAUACCGGAAGUGUAUGCCAAACUAAAACAAUACAAUCAAACCAACAUGAGGGCACAAAAACAACAACUACUACUAUAAAGAAAGCAACGACAAACAUCAAAGAACUGAGCAAAGUUGACGUAUUAAGCCGUGAGAAUCAACAGUCUGCUUUAAAUGGGAACAAAACAGAAAAAUCAAAGUUAACACUUUCUGCUUACCCAAAUAAGAAACAAGACGCUGAAGUGAUUAAUUUCUUCAAUAAAAGUGGUCGUUUGGUAGACGAUAUUGCUUCUGUACUUAAAGAACAUUUCAAAGGGGGAGAUGCUGCGCACGAGUUACUUGUGAUUAUGAAUGACUUUACACGUCAAAUACCAACAAAUUCACGUUGUUUUAUUUCGCAAAUUGGUCAAAAUGCUCAGCAUGAUUAUUGGCCUGAAAAACUAUUAAUUCAAGGACCGCGGCGAAAAGGCCGAUGCGAAAUUGAGUUCGAUAUGAGAAAUGAAAAGGUGGUCGCAUCUUCUGCCAUUCUCUACAGCAAACAUUUGCAAAAUUCAUUACAAGGGGCUAUUGAUGGCAUUUCCGAAAAGAAACCGUUCGAUGUGUUUAGAAGAGCGCAGUUUAAACUUAUUGUAAGGAAGACAGGAACAGAAAAACGAAAUCGUUUUGCGUGUUUACCAUUUAUGUUUCCUAAUUUUACUGACAUUUCUGGAAAAUAUAAUGAAGCAGUAUCACAUACCCAUGUUUUUGAUGAGACGACUAAGCUACUGUAUUCUGUUAGAAUAUCAACACUACCGAUAGAUAAUCUAAUUAAUGUUGACAAUGGAGCCAAGACGGAUACAUUUUAUGCUGUAAAGGUUUCAAUUGCUGACACUAUUCGUAAGAAUGUCGUAUGCGGUAGGUACGUCCAAGCUGAUAAUAAGAUUCCUGUAAUGCCAAUGCCAUAUGGAAAAGGAGAAUCAUGGAUAUUUGAAGAAAAGGAGAGUGGCCGCCACUACCAAGUAACAUAUCGUGGUAAGAAAGAAGAUAUCAACGUUACAAAGGUCAAAGUUUUAAAAAGAGUGGUAUUUGCAGAAGCAGAGUGUACGAUAUCUAGUAGAAAUGCCAAUGAAGGUGCUAACGAAGGAAAAAUUGCAAAGACUAGCGUCCUUGAUAAUGUACCUGGAACGGACUUGAAAGACAGUGAAAACAAGAACUCAAAUACUAGGGCUACCGAUAUAAACAACGUCACUCAAGCAGUUGUAUCUGUUAAAAAGCAACUUGACACUCAUGAUAAAAAAGAUGAAGAGCCAAAAUGCAUUGCAGAUGCAGAUCAGAAGAAAAAAAAGAAACCCCGUCGAAGAAGAAGGAAAAAGACUAUUCUCCCACCACUUGCAAGCCCUAAACGUGAAGCAGACGACAUUGCUGAAAACAAAGUGGAAAAAGAUGAUAAACCAUCUGAGGAAGAUGACGUAAAAACUGACAUCAAUGACGAGAUUCAUAGUGAUAAAAGUUCAGACGACGAAGAAGAUUGGGAUUUUGAUUUUGAUUCGGAUGACGAGUAUUUUUGGCAUCCAAACAAAUAUGACAGAACUCUAGGAGCCGAAAGAUACAGAUUGAUUUCUAAACCAACUAAACGGCUGAUAAAAAAAUCUAAAAGAAGAGUGAGGAAUAGAAACGGAAAGGUAACAACACAAGUAACAACGACGUUAGAUGUUCGUUUCUGUGACGCUUGCGCUAAAGCAGUUUUUCCUCCAUACCAUCCAUGCAAAAUGGAAUGUGACACAAACUUCUAUUGUAACUUAAAGUGUUUUAACAGACACUGGCCUAUUCAUAAGAAAGAGUGCAAGAAAACAAUCAAAUGCGAGUGUGGAAAACUUCGAUAAAAAUAGAAUAAUACCUAUCUAUAAUGUUAUAAUAUAUUUUUAUUUAUUUCAUUUCAACAUCACAAAAUGAUGAGAUGCCGACGAUAAUAUAAAUGAUAACCAUAUACAAUGUUAGAUUAGUAUUUAUUACUAUUGCCGUUCAGUUUUUAAAUUUGAUGCACUUGAUGUAUUCUCAUACUGCCUUUUUGUAUGAUUUUCAGUUACAAAAGUAGAUAAUGUGCCCGGCCAAAUCUGAAUGGGUAAUUAAACCCAAUUUCAUUAAAAUGUCAUUUUUAUUUCGGAAAUUUUUUUAUGUAUUAUAAUUAUAAAAAUAUAGUUAUAUAUUUAAAAAAUUGUUAUGUAAUAUAAAAUAGAC